AUGGAGGCGGAAGAGGCCUCGGCGUCGGCCAAGGCGGCGUUGCGGACGCCCAAAUGCUCGCGGUGCCGCAACCAUGGCUUCGUGGUGCCGGUGAAGGGCCACGCCGGGCACUGCCGCUGGAAGCUCUGCCUCUGCGACAAGUGCGCCCUCAUCACCGAGCGCCAGAAGAUCAUGGCGGCGCAGAAGGCGCUGCGGCGCGCGGCAGCAGCAAGGGCCUGGCGCGGCGCGGAGCCCCGCUGCCGCCAUCCCCGCCCGGCGCUGCCCUCUGGGACUACGGUAAGGGCCGGGCCUCGCUCUGCCUCCAUCCCGCUGCUUUUCCAGGCUGCCAAGGUGGGGAGACAAAGCCAGCGGGACGGGAAUGUGGGAGGGAAACACGGAGCGUCGUUGGCUGUGCCACACGGCAGGCAAGGCACUCGCGCCUGUUUCCCUCCUGCUCAGCGUGCCUUUCCUCCUGAAUACGUGGUGAACCCCGAUUACCUGGAGAGAGAACCUCUGAAGGUGUACCCUGGGCGUUCUGGGGUGUAUCCUUACCACCCAUUUCCCGUGGGAUUUGCUAUCAAUCAGUCAGGCUGUAGGGGAGCACCAUCACCUCCAGGGAUAUCCCUUCAAAGAGGCUUCCGACACAUUCCUAGCACCUAUGGGCCAGGCAGCGCAGCAUCUCUGUCAAUUCCAGAUGGAGGUGGAGAUUUCCAUCAAGGCUAUUACACUCCUCUGCCUCAGUUUAUUCCACCAAGUUUCCUGCCAGGGAUUCAUUACGUUCCACCUCCCCUUCCAAUCAAUGUGUUGGCUGAAACAACCAAGGAAACACGUGCUGCAGCAGCUGACAGCCAGGAUUCAGGAGUGGGCUGUGAACGUGCCCAACUGUCUUCCCCAGAAGAAACAGACAGGGAUCAAACUGCAUACUCUAAAAAUUAA